AAACGUUUAAUAGGUAUACAGUUUCUUGUAGAUAAACUUUUAAACUUAAUACAAAAAGUUUAUGUAGCCUUUCUUCAUAGUGGAAAACCUACACCCCUAAAACGGCACUGUCAAUGACGGUAUGUAUGAAAAUCAUUGGAACCAGCUCUGGUUUUGCUAGUGGGUGUGAAAACGCUCUUAAAGGUGAAGGCCAAUAAUAAAAUAAAAGAUGAUCGAAAAGAGAAGAAGAAACGAAAAUCGUAUUAAUUUUUAGGUUACCUGUAUUUUGAUUAUUUGAAUUAUUAUUUUUGUUUUAAUUAUUCGACAAAAAAUUGAUCUAAUUAAUCUCAUUAGCCUUACCAAAUGUCGUCUAUGACAUUUGGUCAAAAGACGUUUCAACCUACACCACCAGAAAAGGGCAGUUUUCCACUUGAUCACGAAGGAGUCUGUAGAAAAUUGAUGGUUAGUUACAUAAAAUGUUUAUAUACUAAUAACAACGAUAAUUCCGCUUGCCGAGAAGAAGCCAAAGAAUAUUUAGGUUGCCGAAUGGAGAAUAAUCUUAUGGCAAAAGAGGAGUGGACAAAAUUAGGUUUCUCUUCAGAAAAAAAUUAAUUGUAAAUAUGGUUAAAAUACUUAUUGGCUGUACAGGAAGUGUUGCUACAAUUAAGUUACCUUCUUUAAUAAAACAACUCAAAGAUGCAAAUAUUGCCAGUGACAAAGAAGUGAAAGUUUGUCUAACAAAUCCCGCAAAACAUUUUUUGGAAAAUGAAGACUUCAAUAAAAUUAUAAAUGUUUACAUGGAUAUAGAUGAGUGGGAAGCUUGGUCAAAACGGGGAGAUCCAGUUUUACACAUAGAACUUGCUAAAUGGGCAGAUAUUUUAUUAAUUGCACCUUUAGAUGCAAAUACAAUGGCAAAAAUUAGUCAUGGGAUUUGUGACAAUCUACUAACAUGCAUUAUCAGAGCCUGGGAAUUAUCUAAACCACUAAUCUUUUGCCCAGCAAUGAACACAAAAAUGUAUGAACAUCCAUUAACCUCUCAACAAAUUUCCACUCUUAAAUCCUUUGGAUAUCAUGAAAUUCCUGUGAUUUCAAAAGAACUUAUGUGUGGAGACACUGGCUUUGGUGCCAUGGCUGAAGUAGCAACAAUUGUAGAAUUUGUUAAAAAUAUUGUUGAUAAUAAAUUAUAGUCAUAUUGUU